UUUAACCCCCCCACAAAAUCUAAUUUUUCUCUCGUGAAGAUUAACAUGCGAAAUAAUCCGGAUGACAAGAUUUUAAACCAGAACAGAUUUACGGUUAGUAUUACAGUACGUGAAGGUAACCAUGCUGAUGAAUAUUAAUGAAGAGGUUGGGUAUUUCCCUACAUCUGCCUUAUAGACGUAUUUUAGGGGGCGGGGUUUAUUUCCAGUAGCCGACAGACGCGCAGGUAUGGUGAUUUAAAAGUUAACAAUGACUUCGACUCGCUCAGUGUCCGGUCUUUUGGGGCUGUCAUGUCAAAAACUUUAAAUGAACCUGCUAUGAAACAUGCGGAUUCACAUUUACCUUGUGCAGAUUUUUUUCGGGGGCGUGUGUGUUCUUCUUUUAUUGACUGGCGCUCCAGUUUGGGGAGCUUCAUUCUAUGGAGAUGGAUAUGUGCAUCUGAAAACUGUGGAAUCGUCUAGUCAAACGUCUUUCCAUGUGCGGUUUCGGACAUCUGGGUCCAAUGGCCUGCUUUUCCUGGCGGCUGGAGAGAAAGACUUCCUCUGGGUCGGGCUGCACUCAGGCAGAAUACAGGUGCGGAUUGAGCUUGGAUCUGGGGAGCGCACCAUUCGUUCUGACAGGGCCAUUGUUUUAAAUGACCUGACCUGGCAUACAGUAGAACUUCAACAUGAUCAUGACAACAUCACGCUGACCGUGGAUAAAAACUCCCUCACCACUGUUAGGAUGCCGGGGCCUGACUUUGAUCUGAGAGUCCAGGAUGGACUUUUCGUUGGUGGUGGUGUCCAUGAUCUGGAAAGAUCGUACGUCUCUGCAGAUCACACAAUUGGCUUUCGAGGUUGUCUGGAUGAGGUUCUGUUUAAUGAACAUAACCUCCUGUCUUCUCUUAGGCCUUACUCAGGUUACAAAAUGAUUCAUGAAGUGUCACUUGGUUGCAGCCCACAGUUUUCAGCCACUGUCAAUGAUUCAAUGAGUUUUUUCAGUUCCAAAGCAUACGUGACUCUGCCUACUUGGGAAGUACACCAGGAGGGUGUGUUUGAAUGUGAACUGCAUACGUUUUAUUCAGAUGGCAUCCUUUUGUACAGCUCAGCAGGCCAAGGUAACUACAUUGCCUUGGAAAUUCAAAAAGGGCAACUCGUUGCUGUUCUUAAAGUAGGUGGAAGUAAGACAGUAUUGCGUUCCUUGAUGGUCAUCAGUAAUGGGGCAUGGCAUAUUUUGAGGCUCUAUUUGUCACCUACAAAUAUUCAGUUUAGUGUAGGCAUGGAGAUGCACAAUUCUAGCUUUGGGGUAAACAGCAGUACAUUGCAUCUUACUGGGCCACUUUACCUCGGUGGGCUAGAUUUCGACACAUACACUAAAGUUCGUAAGAAUGGAUUGCUCUCUACGGUUGGUAAGCGAAUAGGAGGAGGGUCAUUUAAAGGCUGUCUUAGAAACAUCCGUGUAAAUUAUCAAAGGACGGGCCUUCCGAGAGCACUGGUCACCAAGGAUGUCUCUGUUGGUUGUGAGCCAGAAAAGCCACUUGGACCAAAUAGCACAAGUUCACACGAGUCAAAUUUUACACAUGCCUUACCUGAGCUGGACAAGCAUAAUUUUCUUUUGCUUAAGAAUUUAGAGGUUCUCGAAGGGGGGCGAGCACCACUUGAGUCGAAACACAUUAAGAUCGACUUCCAUAACCUCGGGAUUCGACAGUCCCAGAUUACGUUCCGCAUCGAAGAGCAGCCCGUACAUGGGCAACUAAGACUAGACGUCGACCCGGAUUUGGGGGAAAACACAUUCGGUAUGCUUGACCUUUGGCACGGCAGGGUCAUGUAUGUCCAUGGAGGAUCCGAGGACCUACUUGACUUUUUCAUGUUUUCCAUCUUCACCAGCAGCAAAAAAGAAGUGCCCAGUUACCUCAAAGGCAACCGUCUGCAUAGAUUCAACAUCAGCAUCACGCCCAUCAACGAUGCUCCAGAAAUAAGUCUCCCAGAGGGCAGUCUCUUCAUUCUUGUGGAGCACUCAAAACGCCGUUUGAGCACAGACGUCAUUAGGGUCACUGACCCGGACAGUAACUCCACAGACCUGAUAUUCUCAGUUCUUGGUAACCUAAAUGCUCACUCGGGAUUUCUAGAGAUUGAGGAUCACCCAGGCAGGGCAGUGACCUCGUUUGCCCUACAUGAUCUAGAGCAGGGUAAGGUGAGUUAUGUCCACAAAGGUGUCAAGAACUCCAGAAUGGCAAUGAGGGUGAGUGAUGGAGACAAGGUGAGCAACACCGUGGUAUUCAGGAUCAUGGCCAUUUCCCUAGAACACAAGGUCGCCAACAACACCGGAGUGGAGGUAACUCAAGGUGCAGCCACUUAUAUAACUAACAAACAUCUAGCUGUGCAAGUAAAUGUUGCUAAGCAAUCGGUGGACAUUCGCUAUGAUGUCACAGUGCCCCCGAUAUAUGGAGAGCUACAACGGCUACAUUCUAGUGGGCAAUGGAAACAAACAACAACAUUUACACAGAAGCUUCUUGAAAAGGAACGUAUUCGAUAUCUCAGCACCUUUCACGGGACCCAACAAAGUAACGUCACUGACAGUUUCAAAUGUAAAGUCACCGUAGGCUCACUUAUUACAGACGAGUUACUGUUUCUGAUCAGAGUACGUUGGAUUCGUUACAAAAUCACCAAAAAUAAAAUCGAAAUAGACGGUAAUCGCAACGCAACACUGACGCCUGAAGAAUUCCAUAUUGUCGCUAAAGGUGUAAGAAUUUCGGAAAACGACCUUCACAUUCGUUUGUUGACGUUGCCAAGGAGAGGACGUCUGUUUCUCAAUAAUACGAUUUUAAAAAAGAACUCCACAUUCAGCCAGAAGGACAUUACCGAUCACAAAUUGCGAUAUGAGGUCGUGGAAAAGCCGCAUGAUGAUACAAGAGACAUAUUUCACUUUCAAGUGUUCUCAAAAUUCGCCAUGUCUGGAAUUCAUGAGUUCAGGAUCAGCAUCAAAGCAAGUACCCAUGACAUUGAAUUACAUAAUCACGGACUUUCUCUCUUGGAAGGGGAGAGCAGGGUGAUUACUAAAGCAAUGCUUUUCGCAGAAACACCCAGCAUCGGCGAAGUACUCUACCAGAUUACCAGCGGCCCUAAACAUGGCAUGUUAAGGAAAAUACAGCUCUCCAAUUCCUCCGCCAGCAGCCACAUAAUAUUAUUCACCAAUCAGGACAUUUUGGAAGAACGCAUCAUGUAUGUCCACGACGACAGUGAAACCACACACGAUAGGUUUACGUUCCUAGCGUCCGUUAACUCUCCAAAAGUUAAGACCUCUGGCACAGAGGGCAUCUUUAAUAUUUCCAUCCAUUUGGUUAAUGAUGAGAAACCCGUCCGUGUUGUAGAUAAAGUUUUUCAUGUUGUACGUGACAGUCAGCGGUUAAUUACGCUGGAUGAUCUGUGCUACCACGAUCCUGACACAGAUUUUGAUGACAAAGAUUUGCUUUAUACCAGACGAAGGAUACCCAUGGGUGAGCUGGUCUUGGUAAAUGACACCACACACAAGCUUUAUCAAUUCCAUCAGAGGGACUUAAAAGAGAGAAGGGUGCUUUUUGUUCACAAAGGGGUGAGUCAUGGUCGUUUUGUCCUCUUCGUAUCAGACCGGAAACACUAUACAUCGACAUUGUUUGAGGUGUCUGCCCAGGACCCGUAUGUAAAGGUAGCCAACAACACUGGUCUGUUUGUCCAAAAAGGCCAAACGGCCAUUUUAACACCUGCUAAUUUAAGUGUAAUCACUAACAUGGAUGUUAGGAAUGAUGAGGAAGUUGUCUUUGAGGUGUUUCUACCACCAAGCCAUGGGACUCUCUACUGCAACGGUAUCAAAACAAACACUUUUACACAACAUGAUGUGAAGAUGGGCCAUGUGAUGUAUCAACACGAAGACAGUGAAAUCCUGGUUGACUCUUUUAACUUCACCAGUAAGGUCGAAGCUGUCCGUCUGGAUGUGAGCGUGGCUGUUAAGGUGUAUCUUGAGAGCCAUCAACAGUCCCCAAAAGUUAUCAACAAUAACCCAAUUCGGGUGGAAGAGGGAAAACCCGUCAAAAUCAAUGAGAAGGACCUAAAGGUCAUUCAUGAGGAUAACACACCCCAUGAGAUUGUGUAUACUGUUAAGGUGGCACCUGCUCAUGGUUUUCUGCGUUUAUCUAUGCUAGAAGAAGCCCACUACCAUGGUAGUGAGGAGAAGCCCGUCCAAAGCUUCUCGCAAGAUGACAUCAACAAAGGGCACGUUCAGUAUGUCCAAACAAAACACGGGUACAUCAACGACUCUUUUUCGCUUGACGUAACCAAUGGAAUUCUAACGGUCCACAAUCUCAUAGUCAUGGUGGAUAUUAUUCCCAAGCACAUCCCACUACAGGUGUCCAAUAUGACCCUGAAAGAGGGCUCCUCUAAAGCACUCACUCAGGACGUCAUCAAAGUCAGCAGCCAACACUUUCAUGGACUCCAGCUUGUUUAUCUGGUCACUGAAGGCCCUCAUCAUGGUCAGGUUGAGCACUCCAGAAUUCCUGGGGUUCCCAUCCCAUCUUUUACUAGAGUUCAGGCUGAACAAGGCUUCAUAUUUUAUGUCCAUGAUGGAAGUGAGACCAUGGCUGAUAAUUUUACAUUGGUGGCCAAUGAUACGGAUCUUCGGAAGAAUAGUUUGCCCUAUAUGAUUUAUGUCAAUAUAACACCUAUAAAUGAUGAAGCUCCAGUUGUAACCGUCAACAGAAUCCUCAAGGUGUGGGAAGGCUCUGUGACCGAGAUAACCACUGAAGACCUUAGUGCUGAGGAUCCAGAUUCUCCUCCAGAAAGCCUAGAAUUCAUCAUCACUCCACCGAGUAACGGGCACCUGGCCUUGAAGAGUGCCCCCUCCAGACCAGUUUUGAACUUUACACAGGAGCACAUCAACCACGGCCAGCUGGUGUUUGUGCAUGGUGGUGCCAUGUCAGGAGGGUUUCACUUUCAAGUCAAUGAUGGGGUAAACUUUGCUCCGAGACAGAUAUUCAGUGUCACAGCUCAAUCUCUGGUCAUCAGCUUGGAAAGAAAUCAAGAGCUGAAAGUGUUCCCAGGUUCUUCCAAAUUCAUUUCUGAAGAUGAGCUGUUGAUAAUUACAAAUGACUAUGAUGAUAUAAAUAAUCGCACCAUCACCUACACCGUGACGUCCCCUCCACGAUUCGGUAGACUGAUGGAGAAACAAACUGAAAAUGUUACACAAGAAAUCUCUUCCUUCACCCAAAACAUGGUAAAAAGAGGAGCGGUGUUGUAUGUACAGACUGAACCCGUUGCAUGGGCAGUGACAGAUUCUUUCACCUUCACUGCUUCCUGCCCGCCAACAUCCCUGCAAGCUCACACCUUUAAUAUCCGCAUCUCUUACGAAAAUACUGACACGGAGCACAGGAGUGCACUUCAUGCAAACACUGGUGCUGUUGUUGCUGAAGGUAGUAGCGUUUUAAUAGAUAAAUCAAUGCUGGAUGCAUCCAAUCUUUUGGGAAAGUUAGACAAAGCAGAACAGCAUUUCUACGAGAUCUGGUACGAAAUCAGCACUCCGCCGCACCACGGUACGAUUGUUGUAGGCGAUAGGAACCACACACACGAAAAAACAAAGUUUUCUCAAUUCAACCUCCAUAAGCAUGGAGUCAUAUAUGUACAUGACGACUCGGAGACCACUCAUGAUAACUUUAUGUUCGAUGUGUGGCUAAACCCCAGUGGCAAACCUGCUCGGCGACCCCAGAAUGCAGACCAUGUGGUAUCUGAAUUGUUUAAUAUUACUGUGACCCCUGUUAAUGAUGAGCCUCCAGUGUUUAGGACAGGAACCUCCAAACUCAGAGUGGUCAAAGGGGAGACUGUGACUUUAGACCCUGAGUACCUUAAUGUGGAGGACAAGGACAGUCUACCUGAAGAGAUUCGUUAUACUGUAAUCAGUAAGCCUAAAAAUGGCUUUCUUGCUUUUGUAGAUCAGCUGAAUAAGUCUGCUGCUACUUUCACCCAGGCUGAUAUAAAUCAUAAGAAGGUGCAUUUUGUACAAAAAGGAGAACCUUCCUCAAGUGUAAUCUACUUCAGUAUCACUGAUGGUUUUCACAGACCACUAUAUAAGCUCUUCAAUGUAGAGGUAGAGAAUAUCACCAUCCGUGUGGUCAACAAUACCGGAUUGACUCUGUUGCAAGGUCAAACGACAGUGACUCUGACACUCGAGCACCUAGCUGCUGUGACCAAUGAGAGAGACGCACCUAUAAAGUAUUCGGUUACAGCUCCGCCAAGUCACGGGACUCUCAUGGUUAUGGAGAAGCCGGUCACACACUUUGACCAGGAGGACCUAGGCACCGGGAAGGUGUUGUAUCACAUGAAUGACCUGUCAUCCUUUCAGGACAGCUUUGAGUUCACCGUCUUCACAUUGAAGAGUAACCUGACUAACCAGGUGGUAAACAUCACUGUCCGGCCACUGAUCCACCUUGGAGAGCAUGUCAGGAUUCCAGAUGGCAUUCCAGUGAAGCUUAGAAAGGAUGUCCUGGAUGCCACCGAAUUGGCCUCGCUUAGUGCCAGCGACCCUGUAUUUGAAAUCCUCAAGCCUCCGAAACAUGGCAAGCUUGUCACGUUUGGCCUUGAAGGAGCCUCUCAUUCAGUGAAAUCCUUUUCGUUCAGGGACGUGGAACAAGGACGAGUGGCCAUUGAGGAAAACAUCCACUUCAAUGACAUUUAUGGCAAUGCAACAGCAGCCAGGUACAAUGUCACUGCAGUCCAUCCAUGUAAUGACUCAUUUGUUUUCCUUUUAAAGGCAGCCAAUGUUCAGCCUGCCAUGGGGGAAUUUGUGUACUUAGUGUUACCCUAUGAUCCUAUUCAAGGGAAGCAUAUACUUUCAGGGCCGACAAGGUUGCCGACAUUAAACAAAACGACAAGUGGUAUGUCACCCAUGUACCCCCCAUCUCAUAUAGAUCCAACAACAAGACCGCACAGAACUGCUGCCAAGCUGAAACCUCGAAACCGCUGGGGAAAUCACACACGAAGCAGAUCCACAAUUCCACACGUGCCUCGUACAACAAUGGGCAAAUUUGACAUCUUCCCAAAAAAUACUCUAGUAAGAAUGGAGUCUUUACCAAGACCUGCAUCUGAUCCACUGCUCAUCAUCCUUCCACUUCUGGCCUGCCUCUUGCUGAUUGUCAUCCUUGUGGUUCUUAUUCUUGUCUUUCGGCAUCGCAAGGAAAAGCGGGCCCAUCCAGCAAUGAUCCAGGAUCUGACGGAGAACCCAGGUGAAGAUAUUUUAGCCGGAGGCCCGUAUCUGGGUCAGCCAGAGAGAAGCCUCACUGUCCCUUCAGUAAUAGUAACUCCACUCACUCCAAGUUGCCCCGGCAGCCCAACUUUGGUGCCAGGGAUUGAACGAGCCGUGUCGCCAUUUCUCCUUUGUACGUGGAGUCCACCUAACCCUGAUUCUGCCCAGCAAUGCUCCUCAGCAACACCACCUCUUAAACACAACCAGUACUGGGUUUAACACAAUUGCUGUUACUGGAACCAACAGGAGGAAAGUAAGCUUCUACAUUUCAUUCCAAACACCAGGAUGCUAAAGGUCUCUUUAGGUAGUAUCAAAAUAAAAGACCAUCAACAGUAAAAGAUGUUUCCUCAUUUGUGAGUGGAAUAAAUAUAAAUUUGCGCAUUUUUUCAUGUUAGCCCAAUUGUUUCUCUUUUGUCCUGCCAUACUUCAGAACUUUUUGAAUUUACUUUUUUGUUUCUUGCAUAGAAAAGAUAAACUCAUUUAAUAACACAAGGUCAGUAUGUCUUGCAGUUACAUAAGUUUGAGUAGUAUACUACAGAUCCUACUACGUAUACUACAACUGCUAAACUUUAUAAUUUUCUGUAUUUUUUAUAAGAUAAAACAUUGCUUUUACACAGUUAAAA